AUGUUCAAAAAAUUCACCAAGGAAGAUGUUCACUCUCGUUCCAAUAUCAAGUCGUCUGCUCAACGAGGUUUAAAGGCCAAAUUUGUUGACCAGUACGAAGGGUUGGAGCCUGCCAUAGACAAUGUCAUACCGAAAAAGUCACAGUUAACUUUGAUCAAAUGUGAAGACAAAAUUCAAUUGUAUGCCUUAGAUGGAGAGGUGGUGUUAUUCCAGUACUUUGACGAUCUCAUUCCCACUUUGAAGACCGUACACAAGUAUCCUCAGGGAUUUCCUUCUGUACAAGUUGAUCGUGGAGCAAUCAAGUUUGUCUUGUCUGGAGCCAAUGUGAUGUCGCCUGGACUCACUUCUGCUGGAGGAAAGUUGCCUGAAGAGCCAUUACCACAGAACAGCAUAGUAGUGAUAUAUGCUGAGGGAAAAGAACAUGCUUUGGCCAUUGGGAAGUUGUUAAUGGGCACUGAUGAAAUCAAAGAAAAGAACAAGGGCAUUGGUAUUGAAUUGGUUCACUAUCUUGGUGAUGGUUUAUGGGAUUUCACCGAGUAA